AUGUUGUACAACAAGCUCAUCACCGUCGCAGCCCUGCUGCUCGCUCCUGUCCUGGCCGCCCCUACUGAAAUCGACACCCGUGCCUGCGCCUACACCUGUGGCAGCCACUGCUACAGCGCGAGCGCCGUGAGCGCCGCUCAGGAUGCCGGUUAUCAGCUCUACUCCUCGGACGAGACCGUCGGCAGCAACAACUACCCCCACAAGUACAACAACUACGAGGGCUUCGACUUCCCUGUCUCCAGCCCCUACUAUGAGUGGCCUAUCCUGAGCUCCGGAAAGAUCUACAGCGGAGGUUCGCCUGGUGCGGACCGCGUUGUCUUCAACAGCAAUGAUCAGCUGGCUGGUGUUAUUACACAUACCGGGGCCAGUGGAAACAACUUUGUCGCUUGCACUUGA